AUGAAUUCCUUGAUUUUUGGUAAGCACUUAGCACUUCAUAAAAUUGUGCCUGCCAAUGUAAUUGGAUGGUUCACGCCGUUGGGGAACCCUUCAAUGUUAGCCCCAGGUCAAAAACAACUGGGAUCUAUCCGUGAUUGGUUGAGAAAUAAGCUUCAAAGAGAUCACAAAGAGUCCGAAGACAGAGAUUUUUUAUCUAAUAAUGGUAUAUUACUGGCAGUCCCAAAGAAAAAAGUAUCGCACCAAAAGAAAAGACAAAAACUAUAUGGCCCAGGCAAGAAGCAAUUAAAGAUGAUUCAUCACUUGAAUAAAUGUCCAUCAUGUGGUCAUUAUAAGAGGGCAAACACACUGUGCAUGUACUGUGUUGGACAGAUACGCCAUGUAUGGAAGAUGCAUACCACCACAGAAGAAGUUAAGCCUAGACAAGAGGAGGAACUUUCUGAACUGGACCAUAGGGUUUUAUACCCUGGUAAAAGACAAACCAAAUAUGCCAAGGAUCUGAAUAAUAAAGAUGAUUAUUUGGAACGCCGCAUUCGAACUUUGAAAAAGGAGUAG